AUGGCGCGCCCCAAGGUACACCCUGAUAAUCGACUACGAGCGAACACGGCAUGUACAGCAUGUCGAAAAUCUAAAAAGCGAUGUAGUGGACAGUUUCCCUGCAGUAACUGUCUGCAUAAAGGCCUUGGCGGAUCAUGCAUUCCCUUCAGGUCCCUGCCAGCCCGCAGCCGCCCAGCUGCUUCCCGACCUGCAGCUCCGAGAUGGAGCGAACCAGAGAUUGGUCUGCAAAGCCCCUUGAGAUCUCAGACCCACGAGGUAGUGACACCGAAUCAACGAGUCACCACGCCGGAGGCUGAAUCGCAUUCGCCUGAAGCUCCACAUCGGACACAUCCGCGCAUGCUCCGCAACCGCCAGGGUGAUCGAGUAUACGUCGGAAAAGCAGCCUCAUUAUCAUUCCUACAAUUGCUUCGGGAUACGGUGACGCAGCAUAUUGGCCCCUCGCAGUUCUCCCAGCGGAGCGAGGACAUGCUAGAAACGGAAGCGCACCAUGAUCAGCUAAACUUCUCAACAGAGUUGUGUCAUGCAGAUGAAAAGCGCCAGUUCAUCCAGAAUUAUGAAGCGGCGACCAGCGGCUUUUUCGACUUGGCAUGCGAAGAUGAUUUGUUUACAUCAUUAUCCAACCAAGGAGAACCGAAGUCCGAUCGGGAAAAGACUCGAAUAGCUAUAGUUGAUCUCAUGGUCGCUAUCGGAGCCCAAACGCUUCCGAACAGCCCCGAGUCUCUUCAAACAGAGAGAUUUUAUGUCGCCCGCGGGCAACAGAGAGCAUUUUCCAAUUUUCUUGAAGAUCCUAGCAUGGACCUGGUACGAGUCUUCCUACUAUUGUCCUUCUACAUGCUUGGGGCAUGUCGCCGCAACGCGGCCUUCAUGUAUCUGGGUGUGGCAUCACGAGCAGCAGUGGCCUUAGGGCUCCACGAGCGCACUCCUGGAUCAACGAGUCGUGAUGAUAGUGAUCAGCGACCAAAAUUAUGGACGAGCCUUUGUGUUCUCGACCUACUUGUUAGCGCGAUUCUCGGCAGGCCGUCGGCAACUUCACCUCUUUUGUCAGGCCACCCAGAAGAGCCGAUCUGGGGGGAGACGACACAGACUGAAUCCGGCCUGGUGGCAUCUUAUCAUCUAUCACUGAUUCUUGACGAGAUUAUAAGCAGUCUCUAUGGAGAGAAGACUGCCUCAGCUGAGACGGCAGACGUUCUACUAGGUAAAUUGAAUAAUUGGAGCGAAUGCCUGCCCCAUUCACUGAGGACUUCGUCCCUGGAACAUGAGAGCGAAAGCAUUGCCCAGAAACAUACGCUUGGCAAUAUGCAUGUUGCAUGUUCAUAUCAUUUUGCUGUGAUUUUAGUCACUCGGCCUUUCCUCAUAUCGGCUUUGAGUGUGCGACUGGCCCAGUCCCACCACAAUCUCUCAGCGACCGGACCCCUUGAAGCACCGGACGAGGAUCCCGUUCACUCUCGGCUCGCAGCUGCAUGCAUUGAUUCGGCUGUCUAUAUGCUACAGACAUGUAUAGAAGUCUAUGAUUCGGGUCUCAUGCUUCGAAACAUGUGUAUUCUCAAAGCAUUUAUAUUUGCAGCAGCACUGGUCCUCGGAUUCUCCAUGUUCGCUCAUCGUGAUAUAGAUUCCGACAUUGACGAAGCCUUUCGUGGUGCUAUGACGAUUUUACGCAUGUUAGCACCACAGUCCGCCCAGGCGGCUCAUUAUCUAGACAUAACGAUCAUGCUUGAAGCCGCUAUAAAUCAGCAGCGUCAACAACUUGCAGCCCAGGCCAGACAGCGGCGAAGCCAGUAUGUCAGCCGGAUCUUUAGCCUGAACGAUAAUCCUGCAGCUCCACGAAGACAAAGCGAAGCCCAUGAACAGGCAAGCGGUACUACCCCACUGCUGACGCAAAGCAUACCAUCAUAUUCGUGGUUACAGUCGGACGACGGGAUAGGUACUGUCUCACCACCCAUCAUCGACGGCACAUUAUUUGACUGGGAAGGUAUGGAUUUACCGCUGUGGGACAGUUUCCCAUUUCUCACCGAGUCAGCUGUCAUAUAA